AGCGCGCGGCCCGCCGACCGAACGCACGCGCGACCAUGCGCAGCGACGCCGUCCCGCGAGUGUACUCCACGCUUUAUCUCAACAUUGUGAAGUGAUACACAGUACACAUACGGAUUGCGAACGCUCAUCUUCUUAGGAUAUUUAGCACGAACAAAAUAAAACAUGGCGACGUCGGGAGGGAAGAGGCGCGAGGAGGGUAGCGACAACUCCGACGAUGAGCUUACACCGCUCGCCAAUGAAAUCUACGGUGGAAGCCAAAGGACAGUACAAGAAACGAAAGGAUGGGACGUGUUCCGGGAGUUCCCGCCGAAGCAGGACAGUGGGUCUAUGGAGACCCAGAAAUGUUUAGAAUUCACGGUGCGGUUGUUUAAGGUGAUGGCAUAUCUAGUCGUGUUCAUCGCCGUCCUCGGGUCCGGAGUCGUCGCAAAGGGCACCACGCUUUUUAUGACCUCACAGCUGAAGAAGGACAGGCGAAUUGCGUAUUGUAAUAGGAAUUUAGGUAGGGAUAAACAAUUUAUAGUAAGUCUGCCAGAUGAAGAGCGAGUGGCGUGGAUGUGGGCGAUCCUGGCAGCGUUUGCCAUCCCAGAAAUAGGAACACUCAUUCGUUCAGUAAGGAUAUGUUUCUUCAAAACUUCUAGAAGACCAACGAGUACGCAGUUUAUUGUGAUAUUCAUAGCGGAAUCGCUGCACACGAUAGGAAUGGGCCUUCUAUUCUUCUUGAUCCUGCCAGAACUGGACGUUGUGAAGGGAGCCAUGAUAACCAACUGUCUUUGCAUCAUUCCUGCGAUACUUGGCUUGCUUUCACGUAACUCGCGAGACUCCAAGCGGUUCAUGAAAGUCAUUGUGGAUAUGGCAGCGAUAGUUGCUCAAGUCACCGGGUUCAUAGUGUGGCCACUGUUGGAGAACAAGCCCGUUUUGUGGUUGAUACCAGUUUCAUCGUUAUGCAUAUCUCUGGGAUGGUGGGAGAACUACGUCACACGUCAAAGCCCCAUAGGUAUAAUCAAAAGUUUGGGCAGACUGAAGGACGAAUUGAUUUUCACCCGAUACUACACAUAUCGCUUCAUAUCUGUAUGGAAAAUCAUGUUGUUCCUCAUGUGCAUCCUCUUCAGUAUAUGGAUAGACGGAGACGAGCCUGCCAUGUUCUUCCAACUGUUCAAUACAGGUUUCGGACCCCACAGCAUCGUUGUAGAAGAGGUACAAAUCCAACUAGGCGGAACCGUCAUUCCUGAUCUGGCUAAUGUAACUCUAACCGGAGAUUCGGUAGAAGUGGCAGCUGCAUACAAAUCGGCAUUCUACGUGAUGCUCAUCCAAAUAUUUGCAGCGUACAUCUGUUACAUAUUUGGAAAGUUCGCGUGCAAGAUUCUCAUCCAAGGCUUCAGUUAUGCGUUCCCUAUCAAUCUCGUCAUUCCCUUGGUGGUCAAUUUGUUGAUUGCUGCAUGUGGUAUUAGAAAUGGCGACAAUUGUUACUUCCAUGGAACAGUUCCAGAUUAUCUUUACUUCGAAAGUCCACCCGUGUUUACACUCAGCGAUUUCAUAUCCCGUCAAAUGGCUUGGAUAUGGUUACUUUGGCUGCUGUCGCAAACGUGGAUAACUAUACACAUCUGGACACCUAAAGCCGAACGUUUGGCCUCAACGGAGAAGUUAUUCGUCAUGCCGAUGUACAAUGGUUUAUUGAUAGAUCAGAGCAUGGCUCUGAAUAGAAAGAGAAACGACCAGAGAGAUGUUAAGACUGAGGACCUCGCAGAAAUAGAAAAAGAAAAAGGCGACGAAUACUACGAAACUAUAUCUGUUCACACUGACAACACCGGUUCUUCUCCUAAAGCUAUCAAAUCGUCGGAUCAGAUCACCAGGAUUUAUGCAUGCGCUACUAUGUGGCACGAAACUAAAGACGAGAUGAUGGAGUUCUUGAAGUCCAUUCUUCGGUUGGAUGAGGAUCAGUGCGCUCGGCGAGUCGCUCAAAAGUACUUGCGAGUUGUUGACCCCGAUUACUACGAAUUCGAAACGCACAUUUUCUUGGAUGACGCAUUCGAAAUAUCAGAUCAUAGUGACGACGACUCCCAAGUGAAUCGAUUCGUGAAACUUCUUGUGGACACUAUCGACGAAGCGGCUUCUGAAGUGCAUCAGACGAACAUACGUAUACGCCCACCGAAGAGGUUACCAGCGCCUUAUGGUGGACGACUGACAUGGGUGCUGCCAGGAAAGACGAAGAUGAUCUGUCACUUGAAAGACAAGGCUAAGAUCCGUCACAGAAAGCGAUGGUCUCAGGUGAUGUACAUGUACUACCUUCUUGGUCACCGGCUAAUGGAGCUUCCGAUAUCCGUGGACCGUAAAGAAGUAAUGGCUGAGAACACCUACCUGCUGACCCUGGACGGAGACAUCGAUUUCCAACCUCACGCUGUACGACUGCUUAUCGAUUUGAUGAAGAAGAACAAGAAUCUGGGAGCUGCGUGCGGUCGUAUUCAUCCUGUCGGAUCAGGUCCCAUGGUGUGGUAUCAAAUGUUCGAGUAUGCUAUUGGUCAUUGGCUGCAAAAGGCGACGGAACACAUGAUCGGCUGCGUACUCUGUAGUCCUGGAUGCUUCUCUCUGUUCAGAGGAAAGGCUUUGAUGGACGACAACGUUAUGAAGAAAUACACUUUACGGUCUGAUGAAGCUCGGCAUUACGUGCAGUACGAUCAAGGGGAAGAUCGUUGGUUAUGUACGCUAUUACUGCAACGUGGCUAUCGUGUAGAAUACUCAGCUGCGUCCGAUGCCUACACUCACUGUCCCGAAGGUUUCAACGAGUUCUACAACCAACGUCGUCGCUGGGUGCCUUCCACCAUCGCCAACAUUAUGGACUUGCUCGCCGAUUGUAAACAUACUAUCAAGAUUAACGAUAACAUUUCGAGUCCCUACAUCGCAUACCAGAUGAUGUUGAUGGGUGGCACGAUCUUGGGUCCCGGUACUAUAUUCCUUAUGUUGGUGGGUGCCUUCGUGGCCGCUUUCCGAAUCGACAACUGGACUUCCUUCGAAUAUAAUCUUUAUCCCAUCUUGAUCUUCAUGUUUGUCUGCUUCACGAUGAAAUCCGAAAUUCAACUACUGGUGGCUCAGAUAUUGUCGACGGCAUAUGCUAUGAUAAUGAUGGCUGUGAUCGUCGGUACAGCUCUCCAGUUAGGCGAGGACGGCAUAGGAUCUCCGUCGGCUAUAUUCUUGAUAUCACUCUCAAGUUCGUUCUUCAUAGCCGCUUGCUUGCAUCCGCAGGAAUUCUGGUGCAUCGUACCGGGCAUCAUCUAUCUCUUGUCUAUACCCUCUAUGUACUUGCUUUUGAUUUUGUAUUCGAUUAUAAAUCUCAACGUAGUAUCAUGGGGUACUCGAGAAGUGCAAGUUAAAAAGACGAAGAAGGAAAUCGAAGCAGAGAAAAAAGAAGCUGAACUUGCGAAGAAAUCUGCAAAACAGAAAUCGCUGCUAGGUUUCCUUCAAGGAGUGAAUAGCAAUGAAGAAGAAGGCUCUAUCGAAUUCUCAUUUGCUGGGUUAUUCAAGUGUCUGUUAUGUACGCAUCCCAAAGGAAACGAGGAGAAAGUGCAACUGUUGCAUAUUGCCUCCACUCUUGAGAAAUUGGAAAAGAAAUUAGAUUCUGUUGAAAGGGCUGUUGAUCCGCAUGGCAUGAGCAGAGGACGUAAACUCUCUGUUGGGCCUAGAGGUAGCACAACUGGAGACCAUGGCUUAGAUGCUUUGGACGAAAGACCAGAAGAAGAAAACGAUUCAGAUUCCGAAACCGAUACUCUUUCUACUGUACCCAGAGAAAAGAGAGAUGAUCUCAUAAACCCAUAUUGGAUAGAGGAUCCCGAAUUGAAAAAGGGUGAAGUAGACUUUUUGAGUCCCGCCGAAUUAUCCUUCUGGAAAGAUCUCAUUGACAAAUAUUUGUACCCUAUCGAUGCUAACAAAGAAGAACAGGCUCGCAUUGCUGCAGACUUGCUCGAACUUCGCAAUAAGUCGGUUUUCGCAUUUGUUAUGUUCAAUGCUUUAUUCAUAUUGAUAGUAUUUUUAUUACAACUGAACAAAGAUCAACUCCACGUGAUUUGGCCUUUGGGAAUAAAGACAAAUAUUACGUACAUCGAGGAGACAGGCGAGGUUUUAAUUUCAAAAGAAUAUCUGCAACUUGAGCCAAUCGGUUUAGUGUUCGUGUUCUUCUUCGCCUUAAUUCUGGUGAUCCAGUUCUCAGCUAUGUUGUUCCAUCGAUUUGGAACCCUCUCGCACAUAUUAGCGUCUACAGAACUGAAUUGGUUCUGUUCGAAGAAGUCCGAUGACUUAUCUCAAGACGCUCUGCUAGAUAAGAAUGCAAUAGCAAUAGUGAAAGAUCUGCAGAAACUGAAUGGUCUAGACGACGAUUAUGACAACGACUCGGGCUCAGGUCCACAUAACGUCGGCAGAAGAAAGACCAUUCAUAACCUGGAGAAGGCCAGACAGAAGAAGAGGAAUAUAGGCACACUGGAUGUCGCGUUCAAGAAGAGGUUCUUCAACAUGAAUGCUAAUGAUGGACCAGGUACACCAGUACUGAACCGCAAGAUGACAUUGCGACGUGAGACCUUGAAGGCUUUGGAGACGAGGAGAAACUCCGUGAUGGCUGAACGAAGGAAAUCGCAAAUGCAGACACUUGGUGCCAAUAACGAAUAUGGAGUCACUGGAAUGCUCAAUAAUAACCACGGUGUCGUGCCUCGGCACAGAACAUCAACUGCCAACAUAUCGGUGAAGGAUGUCUUCGGCGAACCCAACGGAGGUCAAGUCAAUCGAGGAUACGAAACCACACUGGGCGACGAAGACGACAACAACUCAAUGAGAUUACAGCCUAGACAAAAUCAAGUUUCCUUCCAGGGUAGAUUUUAAAUGAGAGUUGCCAAACUAUUCAAAAGUGCCUAGGUUUAAACAAAUGUAGAUAUUAGAAAUAUAGACUGUAGUAAUAUUAUUAUAAUGAAAAACUCAGCAAAUGUUUGUGUGAGUAAUGUAUUGCUUGUGAUAUAAACUUUUUUUAAGGUUUGUGACAGCGGAAAGUGCGGUCAUAAAACACCCACAUUGGACAAUUUACAGCUUUAUUUUAAGAUAAAACAUACGAAUUUACACUGCCACUUAACUUUACAUUUAUUGAACUUUUUAUACCUAUUAAAAUAAUAUCUUUGCAAUGAAGAUUUUUAUUUUUAUAAAUAUAGACUUCGAAUUAGUGUUGUAUGUAUUAAAUGAGAUUAAAUUAA